AUGCCACCCCCUACGAAUGGCGAGAGCAGCGAGCAUACGGGUUUAUUGAGCGGGACUCAGAAUGGAGGAGAUAGGCGCAAGAGUUCGGUGCGCGACCUCUUUUUCAACCCGAAAUAUACACCCGGGAUGGAGAGCGAGCAUCAGUAUUUGAGGGUUCCGGCUACUGCGAUCAAUAUUAGUAAGAUCACAUUGUAUAGCAACUAUGUCAAUAUCCUCUUGGUAUUCGUGCCGUUGGGGAUAAUUGCUGGCGCAAUGGGUUGGAAUCCCACGACAGUUUUCGUUCUCAAUUUUUUUGCCAUUGUUCCUCUGGCGGCUGUACUAUCCUUUGCGACUGAGGAGAUAUCCGUGAAGCUCGGCCAGACCAUGGGUGGACUUCUUAAUGCUACUUUCGGCAAUGCUGUUGAACUUAUUGUCAGCAUCGUAGCAUUAAAGAAGGGAGAAAUCCGUAUUGUCCAAUCUAGUAUGCUGGGAAGUAUUCUCUCGAAUAUUCUCCUAGUACUUGGAUGCUGCUUUGUGGCCGGUGGCAUCCACAACACCACAGCGGGUACAUCAGAGGGUAUUGAACAGGACUUCAAUUCUACCGUCGCGUCUACCAUGUCUUCCCUCAUGGCCGUAGCUUCCGCUUCUCUAAUCAUCCCCGCAACACUUUACGCGGCUCUCUCAGGAUCCCAAGAUGACUCCGCUAAGAACAUCUUAUUUCUUUCUCAUGGAACUGCCAUUAUCCUCCUGAUUUUGUAUAUCCUCUACCUCGUCUUCCAGUUGCGAACGCACGCACGCCUGUUUGAUGCCGAGAAUCCAGUAGAUGGAGAAGAACCAGAAGAAGCCCAAAUGGGUCCUUGGGCAGCCGCCGCUGUUUUGAUUGUUACUACGAUCCUAGUAGCCGUCUGUGCCGAAUACCUCGUCGACUCGAUCGAUUCCAUAGUUCAGACUGCCCACAUCUCCAAGACCUUUAUCGGUCUUAUUCUGCUGCCCAUAGUAGGAAACGCUGCAGAACAUGUCACCGCUGUCGUUGUAGCCUUGAAGGACAAGAUGGACCUGGCGAUGGGAGUUGCGAUUGGCAGUAGUAUGCAAAUCGCAUUACUGGUUACCCCGUUCUUAGUCAUCCUUGGUUGGAUUAUGGACAUCCCCAUGACACUUCAUUUCGAGACUUUCGAAACCGUCGUCUUCUUCUUGAGUGUCUUGGUCGUUACCUAUGUCAUCCAGGACGGAAAGAGCAAUUAUCUCGAGGGAGCUAUGUUACUGGGUCUUUACCUCAUCAUUGCACUCGCCUUCCUAGUCUACCCGGACGACGCUACCGAUGACGGAGAUGCGAUUCUCGACCCUCACAUGGUGGUCCGCUCAGUAAAGGCUCUGGUGGGAUAUUGA